AAUGUUAAUUACCUUCGAGGAUUUGGAGAGCCCUCUCGAUGCGACUGUUCCACCGCCAUCACCGUCUCCGACCCGCUAAAACCACCCGCGCCACUUCUUUCUCCUCCUCCUCCUCCACGACCUGCACCACCUCCCCAACCCCUCCCGAUCCCAGCACCCUGUCCCACCUCGUCUCCCGACAGCACUGGUCCCGACUAAAAACCCUCAUCUCCGCCUCCGCCGCGGCCUUCGCCACCACACCCGCCGAUGCCGCCGUUUCCUUCCUCCGCAUCCUUCUCGAUUCUGCGUCCACCUCCUCCGUCGCCGCCCUCCGCUUCUCCCGCUGGUCCCAGUCCCACUACCGCUGCCCCCGCGCCUUCGACCUCCCCCUUCACUGUCGUCUCCUCCUCGCCCUCGCUGCCGACAAGCUCUACUCCGAUCUCCGCUCCGAGCUUCACUACCUCGUCAGAUCCGGCCCCCACUCCGCCGUCUCCAUCCUCCACACCCUCGCAGUCUCCGCUGAGCCCUCCCGCCGGCGCCAUGACUCCCUCUCCAUCCUCGCCGACAUGCUCAUCCUCGCCCUUGUCAAGAACUCGAGGACCAGCGCCGCCAUCGAGGUCUUUUAUCGUUCUCGGGAUUUCGGGUACCGACUCUCGGUCCUUUCGUGUAACCCCUUGCUGAGCUCUUUGAUCAGAGAAGAGAAGUUCGACGCCGUGGAGGCCGUGUAUAAAGAGAUGAUUCGUAGGAGGAUUCCCCCCAACCUGAUCACUUUCAAUACUGUCAUCAAUGGUUUCUGUAAGGAGGGGAAGCUAAGGAGGGCAGGGGAUCUCACGGAGGACAUGAAAUCAUGGGGGUUCUCCCCCUCGGUCAUCACUUACAAUACCCUAAUCGAUGGGUACUGCAAGAAGGGCGGGGCUGGGAAGAUGUAUAGGGCCGAUGUCCUCUUGAAGCAGAUGGUGGAUGCCAACAUCCACCCCAAUGUUGUUACUUUUAAUACUUUGAUCGAUGGGUACUGCAAGGAUGGGAACAGUUCGUCUGCGAUGAGGUUCUUCCAAGAAAUGAAGCGGCAAGAGCUUUCUCCCGGUGUUGUCACCUAUAAUACGUUGAUCAAUGGGCUUUCUUGCGAGGGCAAGUUGAACGAAGCCCUCGAGCUGCUGAAGGAGAUGGAGGAACUGAAUCUGGCACCAAAUGUGGUGACCUACAAUGCUAUCAUCAAUGGGUUUUGUAAGAAAAAAAUGAUGGCAGAGGCUAAAGGGAUGUGUGAUGUCCUUAUGGGGAAGAAUUUGUUGCCAAAUGUUAUUACUUACAAUACUUUGAUUGACGGGUAUUGUCGAGCUGGAAUGAUGGAGGAUGCAAUGGUGUUGAAACGAUUGAUGUUGGAGAACGGUAUUAGUCAUAAUGUUUCGACCUUUAGCUGCUUGAUAAAUGGGUUCUGUAAAGAUGGGGAUACGAAGAGUGUUGUGAAGCUGUUGGAUGAAAUGAGGGAGAAGAAUGUAAGACCUGAUAUUGUGAUUUACAAUGUGCUGAUUAGGGCUUUGUGCAAAGAAGGGGAGUUGACGAAGGCAGUCAAGCUUUUAGAUGAGACGCUGGAGGUGGGUCUGAAGCCAACCCAUGUAACAUAUAAUACCAUAAUAGAUGCGUUCUGUGUGAAAGGGAACCUUAGGGCAGCUUUGAACAUGAGAGCAAGGAUGGAGAGGGGUGGAAAGCGUGCAAAUGUGGUCACUUAUAACGUAUUUAUCAAGUACUUCUGUGGAAGAGGUAAGAUGGAAGAGGCUAAUGAGUUUCUAAAUGAGAUGUUGGAGAAAGGAUUGGUUCCAAACAGGGUCACUUACAAUAUGAUUAAGGAUGAGAUGAUUGAGAGAGGUUAUGUUCCUAGCAUAGAUGGACAUCUUUGUAACAAUGCCUCUUAGUAGGAAAAUAAACAAGAGAAUGGAAGUUUUUUUUA